GCGAUUCCAAAAGUAUGAUCCAAUCAGAAGUGAUUAUCUCUCAACCGUUGUGCUUCGUAUACGAAAGUUUUCCAAGAAUUAAGGCCCUGUAUGUAUGUACCCCGAAAUUUAUCUUCGGUCACAAACUUGUUGAGAGUUCUCUAUCUUGUUACAAUCGCGUGUUCAUAGUUCAAAUAUCGCGUGCUGGAGCUGUGGUUGUUAGUGGAAAUUUGUGUAUAAAUAAAUUAGAAAUAUGAAAAUUAAGCGAGUCAGAAAAAUAAAACGUAAAAAGAGAUACAACGCGAAUGUGAAUCGAAAAAGACUGCGAAAUAAGUUACACAAAUUACCGAUUAUACCGUGUGACGAAGUAAAAAAGGCAUGGGAGCGUAAAAAGUCUUUACGUGCCAAUUUAAACGAAAUGGGUUUGGCAUAUGAUGCAAAUGAAGCACUGAAAAUUCCUAAUUCAAAGCAAGAAAUGUUGAAGAAAGCUAAAAAAUUAACUGUGGAAAAUGAAUGUUUGCCGGAUCACGAAGAUGAAGUUACAGAUGUGUGUCCAUCAAAAAAGUAUGUAGUGGAACAGCUUGAGGCUGAUGCAAAAGCACCUAGAGAACAUCGUCUAAAUAUACCAAAACCACAAGCAGAGUUUCUUACAUAUUUAAUAAAGAAAUAUGGUGAAGAUUAUAAGGCAAUGUCAAGAGAUAAGAAAAAUUAUUAUCAGUUAACUUGGAAACAAAUAAGAGCAAAAAUAAAACUGUUUAAAGGUAUUCCGCAACAGUACAACAAAUAUCUUCAGAAUACUAACAUACAAGAAUUAGAGAGUAAAGUUGUCUAAUUAGGUAUGUUUGUAAACAUUUUUAUAUUUAAAAUUUACCAUUAUAUGGCAUAAUAGUAAACAAACUUAAAUAUACGUAUGGUGUUAUGUUUUA